CGGCUGUAAUGCAUCAACCUGGUGGAUUGCUUACAACACCUGUAGUCGGUCCAGUUGCUACAAAUACUGAAGGUGAGAAGCAAGAUGAAAAAUUAGCUCGAGAACAGUAUGAUCUUCAAGUGCAAAUUCAGAUGGCUGCGGUCGCAAGUAUUCGCCCACAGAUGCCUCCACCUACAUCUACAUCGCAGGUCCAACAGCAAUCAACUGCAUCAAAUACUUUAACGACGCCAGAUCCAUCUACGUCAUCAAACUCUAUAGACAGUGCGCCGAAACGAUUACAUGUAUCGAAUAUACCGUUCCGAUUUCGUGAUCCAGAUUUAAGAGCAAUGUUUGAGAAGUAUGGACCUGUAACUGAUGUGGAAAUAAUAUUCAAUGAACGUGGUAGCAAGGGAUUUGGUUUUGUGACUAUGGAAAAGUCGGGAGAUGCAGAGAAAGCGAGACAGGAAUUGCAUGCUUCUACAGUUGAGGGUCGGAAAAUUGAGGUUUGCUUGUUGUCAUGCACCAUACCAAACUAUAUUCUAAAAACUGGCUUAUGGCUGCUCUCUGUCAUGGUUGUCACAAAACGUGAAGUGAAUUGCGCCACUGCUCGCAUACACACCAAGAAGCCGAAAGUCGCACCCGGAAUGGUAGAUGCUAGUCUGGCAGUUGCUGCAUUGCAGGGUGCUGCACUGCAACAGGCAGCUGCUGCAAAUCGUGCUCUGUAUUUCCGAAAUCCUUUGGCGCAAGCAUUAGCAGUACGAAAUUUUCAGAAUCUCAACUUACAGAGUCAUUUCUCUCCUUUUGGUCAGCCACAGCCUCUGAACUUUCUUGCACCAGCGCUUGCUUCGCAAAUGCAAAAUCAGGGUCUUUUGCUUGGCCAUCCACAGUUACCGCAGGCUGCCACUCAACCAAUUCAGCAAACUUAUGAUCCAUCAUUGUUUCUAAAUGAGCAAGCUCGCUUGCAAAUUGUAGCUGCACAGGCUAAUCCAGCUUUGAUGGCAGCAGCAGCACGUAAUGCAGUAGCAAGCACAGCUGGUGCUACUUCUAUUGGUGAGCAGUAUCUCGGUCAAGCACUAACAGCAGCAUUACCUGGGUAUCCAACAGUCGCAGCAGCUACAUAUCGUACCCUAAACCGUUUUGCGCCCUAUUGAGA